AUGGAUGGUUCUCUGGUGUUGCACCGCGAUGAGAAAGAAAACGGUACGAGUCCCGAUGACAUCUUAGUUCGCCGUUUAAAGAAUAGAGAGAGACAACGUAGGUACAGGGCCAGAAAACGUCACCAAGCUGAUCUGAUAAAGACAUCAACUGACAACCAAUCAUCCCUUCCAAUUCAUCACCAGAAAAUGCCAUCCGAGUUUAUAUCAGUGCCUGUGGAAGUUGAGAUUCCGGAAGGUUCCACUUCUCCUGAUCGUGUGACCCGCGUUCAUUGUCAAAGAGAUUGGAAGAAAGAUGCUAGGAAUGCCCACAUGCACAAGAAUCAAGAACCGGGUUCAAUUGACAGAGCAGAUUUACCGUCAGAUAAUUUGAGCAAUGUCCCGGUGGAUAACGAUGCAACAAAUAGAGUACAGCCGAGUCGGAGGCAUUGGAAAGCAGAGGCAAGAAACAAGAAGAAUUUGGAGUGA